GUCGAUUAGGCUCCAUGCUUAGCACCUGUGAAGCUCUCCUGUCCUGCACAUGACAUGAGAAUACGGCGCAGCUCAUACAGUUCAGACAUUCUCCAGUGAGUUCCUCUGUGGCUUCUUGGUGGAUUUUGGAUUUGCUCUUGGGGAAAGCCUCCUCCAGAGUAGGAGAAGUUCUCCCUCAGUUCCUCCUGUCGGCUCACUGAGGCACCACUGCCGGCAUGGGCUCGGGCUCCUCAUCCUACACCCCCAGAACCAUCUACCUGGAUGUGGAUGGCAAAGUGCAGAAGGUGUUGUUCAGUCGUCACUGCAGUCCAUGUGACAUUAAAGAACUGCUGUGUUCCUCGUCCAAUAUCCCGAGAAACACAGCUAUUAUGCUGGUGGACCUUGAGGGAGCCCUAGUGUCCAUUGAUCCUACCAUGCCCACCAACUCUCCCAAUUCUCUCUACAAAGUCAUUCCUCUGUCCACUGGUCAGCUGGGAGAGAAGGAAGACAUGUUUCAGAACGUGUUAUCGCAGGUGGCAGAGCAGUUCAGCAGGGCCUUCAGGAUCAAUGAACUGAAGACUGAAGUGACCAACAGGCUGGCUAUGCUGGAGAAGAGAGUUGAGUUGGAGGGCCUCAAGGUUGUGGAGAUUGAGAAGUGCAAGAACGACCUGAAGAAGCUGAGAGAUGAGAUGACCUCCAGAGGAGGAGGAAGAGUGAACUGCCCAUGUAAGUACAACUUCUCGGAUGAUGGAAAGAAACUAACUCCGAGACGCGAUGUUCCCAGCUAUCCAAAGUACACGCUCUCUCAGGAGACGAUUGAAGCUCUGAAGAAACCUACCUUUGAUGUCUGGCACUGGGAGCACAAUGAAAUGCUCAGCUGCUUGGAGUACAUGUACCAUGACCUUGGCCUGGUGAAGGAGUUCACCAUGAACCCUAUCACUCUCAAGCGCUGGCUGCUUGCUAUUCAGGAGAAUUACCGUAGCAACCCCUUCCACAACUUCCGCCACUGUUUCUGUGUGAGUCAGAUGAUGUAUGGCAUGAUCCACCUCUGCAACCUUCAGGAAAAGCUCACGCUGACAGACUUGGGCAUUUUAAUGACUGCUGCAGUAUGUCAUGACUUGGACCACCCUGGAUACAAUAACACGUACCAAAUAAAUGCCCGCACUGAACUUGCAGUGCGCUAUAAUGACAUCUCUCCUCUGGAAAACCAUCACUGUGCUGUGGCCUUCCAAAUCCUCGCUUUGCCUGAGUGCAACAUCUUUGCCAAUGUGGAUUCUGAAACUUUUAAACAGAUCCGCCAGGCAAUCAUCACACUGAUUUUGGCCACUGACAUGGCCAGACAUGGGGAGAUCCUGGACUCCUUCAAGCACAAAGUGGACAACUUUGACUUCACCAAUGAGGAGCAUGUAACCUGUCUGAAGAUGGUCCUGAUCAAGUGCUGUGACAUUUCCAAUGAGGUCAGGCCUACAGAAGUGGCCGAGCCAUGGGUGGACUGUCUGCUGGAGGAGUACUUCAUGCAGAGUGACAGAGAGAAGUCUGAGGGUCUGCCGGUCGCUCCCUUUAUGGACAGAGACAAAGUGACCAAGCCAACCGCUCAGAUUGGCUUCAUUAAGUUCGUCCUCAUCCCCAUGUUUGAAACAGUCAUGAAGCUUUUCCCACAGAUUGAGGAAAUCAUGGUGCAGCCUCUGCGUGACUCACGGGAUCACUAUGAGGAGCUUAAGCAGAUCGACGAUGCCAUGACCGAGGCACAGAAGAAAAAAACAGAAAAUAUGUCAUUAGGAGGGAAGAAGAAAUAAGUUUUGCAGCAAAGCUGAGUGCUACCGUGGAUCUUGCUUUCUGACCCGUUUCCGCAGCGGGAACAACGCUCCGGUCUGAGCUUUUACUGAGAAGGUCCACUGUGAAGUCAAAGUGGUGUUGAAGAUGGCUGUUCCAUCUGUUGAAUCCAAAGAGGCAUCUGAAGUGCUCAGGCUAUUGGAACCAGGACAGAGCUCCUCCACAAAGCCGCAAGCUGGUAGUCUUCUAGUCAAUAGAUUGGUCUGAUCAUUUCUGUUUGUUGUUUCUUCUAUGUGGCCUCCUUGGGAAUUGUGGGCAUACGCACCAGCAUAGGAUUUUCUUCUCUUCUUUUUGUUUGUGCUGUUCUCAGAACUUUGGCAUUGCAUGUCCUGCAUGAGGAAGUAUGUUAGUUAGAGUUCAUGGUUAAUAUUUAUUAUGUACUAUGUAGCCGUUGAAGAUUACUGUUACCACUGAGGCCAGAUAGAAGAUAAGGCUUUACAGCUUCCUGUUUAGCAAAACCUUUUCAAAACACUUCUUGAUCACUAUGAAAAGUGUGAUUGUUUUUCCAGUUUUAUCUCCCAGACAUCUUGGCACCUGUAAAGCAAUCGAUUUAGGGUUUGAUUAGAUUUCAUUAGUGAACACCCACUUGCUAUAAACCAUGGGGAAUUGUACUGACACUUGACAAAUAUGUCUGGACUCCAGCCGCUGUUGCCUUCUGUAUUUUAGUUUUAUUUCAGUGUUGACCACAGCACAAAGUCAACUACAACUACAACGUGUUAUGAAUGAUUGAUGAGUUGAUGAAAAAUCACUAAAAAGGCAUUUAUUUUCUCAUUUGAUACAGAUGUCCGGAAUGUGCAGCUUAUUUUUUGAGUUUAUUUUCCCCACUAAGACUUUCUCAGCAGUGUAACUGACUUUUUUUUAAAGGGAUUUACUGUUUACUGUUGUCACUUUAAUUUCUUUUCAAAUGAUUCCUCAGGGUAGCACAAUAAAUCUCAAAAACAAGUUCUUCCUCCAGGUUCUGCCCGAGUAAGGCUGUGGUUUUGUUCAUGGAUUCACUGAGGAAGGCUCUUCCACCAGAAGGCUACAUGUGAUAGGUGCAGGGCUUGAACUUCAUUUUUUAUAGCACAGUGUCAUGAUCAAUUUUAAAUGAUUCCUGCUCCAACCUACCUUAUCCACAUCAUCAGAUAUUUAUGAAGCUCUUCGUGGGUUGGAUGAGGUCUGUUGAGAUGCAUUCUUAAAAAUAAAAGUUCCAUGGUCGGAAGUCGUAGAGCAUAACUGGCUCUCUCUCUGAGAAUGUAUAGGAUUGGAAAAAAACAUCCUAAUUGGACAAUAUUAAUAUUCUAUUAAUAUUAAGAAUAAUUGGACAAUAUUCUGUUGGGCAGUUUAAGAAUUUAACGCUUUGGUUGCCAACCAAAACUUCACAAUGAAACAAAAGUAUUGCCACAACAUUAAAUUCAAAUCCAGUUUCACAAAAGUCGGGAUAGUUGAUCAAAUGUGAAGGUAAAAAAAUAAAAA